AUGUUUAUUGGUCAAUCCUGUGCUUUGGAUAUCGGUAGUCGCUUUCGUGUUGAGCAGGGCCAAGGCCCUGUUACACGAUCUGGAAGUGGUACCUACGGUGGAACCUGCUAUGGCACGGAUGCGGAUUUGAGUGCCAUCUAUACUGAGGCAAUUGACCUUGCUCAGGUGGCCUUGGAUUCCUUAAACAGUUAUGCUACCAGUGCGACGGUGCGCGCAACUGUAGAGACAUUCUUUGGAAUAAAACCCGAUUCAUCGUCACCUACAACGGUGUCAGCCAUUGACUCAGCACAAUUCGCAUACGUUAAAUGGUUGACAUACUUCCUACUAGAUAUUUUCGGACAAAUCAUUGCUUUCUCGACAAGCACAGAGGAAGAAGAGAUCUCUCAGCCGGGUUUCUUUUGCGACGAUAGCUGGCGAUGGAGGACGGAGAUGGACUAUGGAUCUGAUGGACAAAUGAAUGGCAAGACAAUCUCUCAGGCGACAGGGUUCACAGUCGUCUUCGACGAACAGAAGGUCUACACGAUUACCAUGUGCCCAUAUAGCUUCACUCGAGCUAAAAGAAAGGAUUCCCUUAGUGCUUGGCGCUCUAAGGAAAAGAUCAUAGCCGACGGAACACCACUAGGGGCAGCGCUUUCAACGCCCGGUACUUUGCUGCAUGAGCUAGCACACUUGGUCACGAGACAAGUUGUCACCGAUGAGACGCUCACUAAUGGGCAAAAGGCUUACUUUCCUCCAAAUGUGGCUACACUUGCCGAGGAAUCAAAAGCCAAAGCUGUCAAGAAUGCCGAUACCUAUACCUGGUUCGCCACUGCUAUGUAUCUUGAUCAAUGUGACUGGUCACGACAGAUCUGCGCUCAGAGCGCCAGCAGAUCAACUGUUGCUAAGCGAUCGAACAAUCAAACCAGCACCGAUAUGCCCCUGAUGCGAAGAUCAAACCGACGGACGUUGCUCCCUCGUGUAUUGACUGGUUUGCAGGAUGAUCUGGAGUAA